AUGUCUGAUAUCAGGUGGUUACCUCUAGAAGCAAAUCCUGAAGUUAUGAACAAGUUUUUAAUGCAACUAGGCGUGCCUAAAAAAUAUGGAAUAUCUGAUAUUUUUUCCUUUGAUGCUGAAAUGCUUCAGUUUGUCCCAAAGCCUUCUUUUGCUAUUAUAUUACUUUUUCCUGCUACAAGUGAGGAUUUGAAACACAUUCAACUCAGCAUUCAGCUUCAUUCAUUCAUUCUUCGCUUUGGGAUCAGGUACACGGGUCUCUUCUGGGCUUCAGAUUGUGCCGCUGUGUUUUAUAAAGUAAGUGCAAAUAAACAGUUUUUGGAUGAAAAACAGGUCAAAGAAUCAUCAGUCUUUUUUAUGAAACAGACCAUUGGAAAUGCUUGUGGUACUGUGGCAUUGAUCCAUUCAGUAGCUAACAAUUUGCAGAACAUAUGUUUAGAGCCUGACUCUCCCCUUGAAAAAUUUUUGAAAGAAACUGUACAAUUAGGACCAGAUGAAAAAGCUGAAUAUCUGGAAAAGAACAUGGAUAUUGGUGCUGCUCAUGAAGCUAGUGCACAAGAAGGCCAGACUGAGCCUCCUCCAAGCAAUGAAGAAGUGUCACUACAUUUUGUAGCAUUUGUUAAUUCCAACGGCAAGCUUCUUGAGCUUGAUGGUCGCAAAGAUGGACCCAUUUGUCACAGAUCUACCAGUGUGGAAACAUUUUUUGAGAAAGAGUUGCACAACUGCAUUGAAGCUCUCAGCUGUCAAGGAAGCUCAGGAAAUCAAAAAUCGGGCUGCAGCCAGAGAAUUUCAAGUGGAUGA